AAACACUCAUUGGUGCCUCUGGCUGGACGCACACACACUCUUCACGCACACACACUCACGCACUGAGGGUGACUUGUGUGUGCAGCCAGCAGAGAGAGAGAGAGACGCUCGGAGAGACAGAAAGGUGCGCAGAAAGCAGAGAGGACGGCAGACAGAGAGCAGCAGCAGGACGGAGCAUCUCCUGCGCAUCACUGCAGCUUCAAGGAUCUUAAACGUCUCCAACUGCAACGCACUGAGGCGCGUAAACCUUUUCAAAUAUACAGAUUUUUAUUUUUUCAAAAAGAGUUUUGGAUCUGAAUCACGCGGUUCCUGGAAGAGUUUCCCCCCAUUUAAAGCAACUUUUUCCAUCCCAGUCCAGAAGUUUUAAAAAGAAAAAAGUUUAAACUUUUCUUGGCCCCAGGCUCGGCUUCCCUUUUUCCCCGUGUUUUUUUUUUUAUUUUAAAUAUUAUUAAUAAUAUUUGUCUCAAAUUUCCAGACAUUUUUUUUUUUACUUUAUACUUCCAAUUUUUUAACCCAGAAACUCACAAAAAUGAACUUUCAAACACCAGGAGCGUCCCCAGCCAGGUGUGCCUCCAGCCCCAGAUGUUUAAAUCAUUAAAGCAAACUGACUUUCGGUGAUUUCAUUUUUGUUUUUUCCUCUGAAGGUUUGAGAUUAAAGCGUCACCUGUUGCUGCGUCUCCUCCACUCAGACAACCGCGAUUUGCGCUCUGGAGACGCCAAAAAACAAUCAGAAAAAGAGAACAUAAUCCAUAUCACACCUCCGCAGUUCAUUCAUUCCCAAAGCAAAAAGAAAAAGAAAAAAAAGAAAAUCAACCCGCGCCAGGAGCGUUUGGAGUGCGUAAAUCGGCGCUGCGCUUUUUACGCACAAGAAAAUAAUCAACAAAUCAACAAAAACUUGUGACCCAGACUUUUAUUUCUUUAUUUUUUUGAACAUCUUCGUCAUCCUCCUCAUCAUGCUGUUCGACAGCUUCGAUUUGAUCUCGGCUCUGGCCACGCUGGCCGCCUGCCUGGUGUCCAUGGCGCUGCUGGUCGCCGUCUCCCAGCAGCUCUGGCAGCUCCGGUGGACGGCCACCCGGGACAAGAACUGCAAGCUGCCGAUGCCCAAAGGCUCCAUGGGCUUCCCGUUCAUCGGAGAGACCUGCCACUGGCUGCUGCAGGGUUCGGGCUUCCACGCAUCGCGAAGGCAGAAAUACGGCAACGUGUUCAAGACCCACCUGCUCGGCCGACCUCUGAUCCGGGUGACGGGGGCCGAAAACGUCCGGAAGGUUCUGAUGGGCGAGCACACGCUGGUGACGGUGGACUGGCCGCAGAGCACGUCGACGCUGCUGGGACCCAACUCUCUGGCCAACAGCAUCGGAGACAUCCACCGCAGGAGGAGGAAGGUGUUCGCCAAAGUGUUCAGCCAUGAAGCGUUGGAGUCCUACCUCCCAAAAAUUCAGCAGGUCAUCCAAGAGAGCCUCCGAGUAUGGAGCUCCAACCCCGAGCCCAUCAACGUCUACAGGGAAAGCCAGCGGCUGUCGUUCACCAUGGCCGUCAGGGUGCUGCUGGGAUUCAGGGUGUCGGAGGAGGAAAUGAGGCACCAGUUCUCCACCUUUCAGGACUUCGUCAACAACCUCUUCAGCCUCCCAAUCGACCUGCCGUUCAGCGGCUACCGGAAGGGAAUCCGAGCGCGAGACACGCUUCAGAAAAGCAUAGAGAAAGCCAUCAGAGAAAAGCCUCUGUGUUCCCAGGGGAAGGAUUACAGCGACGCGCUGGACGUCCUGAUGGAGAGCGCCAAGGAGAACGGCACAGAGCUCAGCAUGCAGGAGCUCAAGGAAUCAACCAUCGAGCUGAUCUUCGCUGCCUUCGCCACCACCGCCAGCGCUAGCACCUCCCUGAUCAUGGCGCUCCUCCGCCACCCUCAGGUUCUGGAGCGCCUCCGGGAGGAGCUCAGGGGCCGGGGCCUCCUCCACAACGGCUGCCUCUGUCCUGAACAAGAGCUGAGGCUGGACACGAUCAUCAGCCUCAAGUACCUGGACUGUGUCAUCAAGGAGGUGCUGAGGCUCUACACGCCGGUCUCCGGCGCCUACCGAACAGCAAUGCAGACCUUCGAACUAGAUGGAGUUCAGAUUCCCAAAGGCUGGAGUGUGAUGUACAGCAUUCGGGACACUCACGACACAGCUGCCGUCUUCAAAGACGUGGAAGCCUUCGACCCCGACCGCUUCAGUCAGGAGCGGAGCGAAGACAAGGAGGGCCGCUUCCACUACCUGCCGUUUGGCGGCGGCGUUCGCUCCUGUCUGGGAAAGCAACUCGCCACGCUUUUCCUGCGCAUCCUGGCCAUCGAGCUGGCCAGCACCAGCCGCUUUGAGCUGGCCACUCGCCAGUUCCCGCGUGUCAUCACGGUGCCCGUGGUUCACCCCGUCGAUGGGUUAAAGGUCAAGUUCUACGGCCUGGACUCCAAUCAGAACGAGAUCUUGGCGAAGUCAGACGAGCUGCUGGGAGCGACGGUUUAGUAAGGGCGGCUGCUCAUGAGGGUUGGGUGGGGAAGUUCAGAGAUUUAAGUCUUUAGGGAGAAGAUUGAUGGAAGGAAACAAUAAUUUCAGAAAGAUUUUUCCUUCUUCACCUUUGUUCUGCCAGAUUGGAGCGUUCUUUCAGACUCUUCUAACAAAUGGUUAUCAGGACUCUUCUUUAAGAAAGGAGGAAACUGCCAAAAACUUUUUAAAUAUGCUCUAUUCUGUGUAUUUUCUGAAGAAGUAUACUUACAAAAUAUGUACAAAAAGCUAUCUAAUAUAAUUUGAAUGGGAGUGGUGCACAACAGACUUUUGGUGAAAUGAAGAGUUGAGAUGAGAACAGUGACGGUGUUUUAGAGAGAGGCGGGAGAUAAAACAGGGUAUAGAGAGAAGGAAUAUAAUUUUCAACCAUUUUGCUUGUGCUUAAAUUCAAUAAAUCAUUUUCAGUUGACUUGCAGGGUAAAAGAGAUGGAUUAUAUGGAAACAGAGUUUUUCUUAUCGGCGAGUAUUUAACCUUGCAGCCAUGUGCUCAAAUGUGUAAUAUCUGAUACAGGGAUGAAUAUUUUUAAAAAAUCAAGGACAAAAUUGCUUUCACUGAUUGGAUACGUUAAGCAUACAAUACAUUUUAAUAUAGAAAGAGAAUUUUUUAUUAUUUUUUUUAAAUUGCCUAAAAAAAUAAUAACCAGACAGUCUAACAACAACUUGAUUUGAAAACAAACUUUUAAAAACUGUUAAAUUUGGAUUGUUUUAUUUAUAUCCUUUUUUUGGAUCAUCAUAUCUAUUGUUAGGUUUAAGAAAAGCCUUCUUCAUUAACCUUAAUAACUAAGUCUUCUUCAUUGGAAAUAAAAUUGUUAAGCUGUAGGAACCAAAUGCACCUGGUUAGGGUUAAUGAACCGAGCCUACUUAGUUUGGCUUAAGAGCAGGAAACCCAGUAUUUCAUACUUGAUUAGGUUUAGGAACCAGAUCGAAACAAACCAACUUCUUUAUGUUGAAACGGAAACUUGGUUAACGACCAAUCCUACUAGACUGGUUUAGGGACUACAGGCUUAGAAACCGUUCCCACUUGGGCAGGUUUAAGAACCAACCCUACUUUAUUGGGUUUAGUAACCAAAUCUACUUGAUCAGAUUUUGUUAAGAAAUCCUCCUUUGUUGUCAAUUCUAUUUGGUUUUUAGAAACCAAUCCUAGUUCAUUGGAUUUAGGAGCCAAACCUUCUUGGUCAUAUUUAGGAAGCAGUCCUACUUGGUUGGAUUGGUUUAUGUACCAACUCUAUUUGGUUCUGAUUAGAGAGCAGUCCUACUUCAUUGGGUUUAGGAACCAGUCUUUCUUGGCCAGGUUUAGAAACCAACUCUACUUGAUUGAGUUUAGGAAGAAAUUAUACUUAAUUGGGUUUAGGAAACAAUUCUACUCAAUAGGAUUUUUGGAAAGAAAUCCUUUGUUGUCAGUCUUACUUGGUUGGUGUUGAAGAACCACGCCUACUUAACUGGGUCUAGGAACCAAACUGACUUGGUCGUGUUGAAGAAUCAAGCCUACUUGGGUAGCUUUAGGAACCAAACUGACUUGGUCAUGUUUAUCUGAACAAGCUAGCAUUAGCUUUAGGAGUUAAGCUUAGUUGUUGACCAAACCUACUUUAUUUACAUAUCCAGUUUACUCAGUUAGUUUCCAAACCUUUUUGGUCAAAAAAAAGGUUUGAACCAAAUUUACAUGUUUAUAUUUAGAAAUUAUUCCCAAGAAGGUUCUGCUUACCAUCAGUGACACAACUAACUACAAAAUCUGCGGCUGUUAUGGUAUUAAAAACCAGUUUUAAAAAACUUUUUGUUAAAAAACAAAACACAGGUUGACUAUUCCCAACAGUAAAAAAUACAAACUUGAACGCUUCCUAAAUUUUGCUUAACCUAGUGAUGCUAACGUUAAACUCAGGUGCAAAGAAGACAAUGUAAAACUUAGAUUAUCUGCUUGUUGAUAUUUUUCUGACUGCAAAAUAAAAUUUCUUACUAAUAGCUUUAAUUUUUUAGGUGAAACAACUACCUGGCAAAUUAAGAUUUUAUUUUUUAGCUAAUGUAUUCCUCUAUCUUAUCCUUUACAGUUCAGAAGGCACAAUUUUCAGUUUUUCUAGUUAUUAAAUAAACAAAGCUACCAACUUACAUUAAGAGAUUAAAACGUCAUGGAUAAUGAACGUAUUUGAUAGUAUGCUUGUUCUCAUAAAGUAGUGCACCUUCUUAGGCUGGAACCGGGUUAAAAGAUCAGGGGAUUUGGUGAAAGUAUAUAGGAAGAGACCUACAUACAUGCUGCUUAAGUGCUGCCUUAUCUUUGUCCUUUUUUUUUGUGCACUUCUUUUAUUGUUCCACCACCAUGGAGGUCAACGGCGUUUACUCUCUCGUUGCUCCUCCGUUCAACAACAAGACUGCAAAGCAAAUUCAGUCCCAGAAGGCUUGAGGUGAUUGCACAAUCAGAACUUCGGGAAUUUGCGUGUUCGGUUACCCCAGAGGUUUUGGGGGGCGGAGCUUCUGCAGCAGAGAUCUGGAACUUGCUACAAGACAUUCUAAAGCGUCUGAGAAAUGGACCAAUGGGGUAUCAGGCAGGGGGCGGGGCUUCCUCCGUGGAGUUCUGGAACUUGCUAGCGGAACUUUCAGACAUUCCGGAGAGUUCUAAAGAGAAAAGGACCAAUGAGAUAUCAGACAGGGGGCGGGGCUUGAUGGACUCUGCCUGUGCCACGCCCGUUUCAUUUCUCCCAACCACACCACUGAUUUUUAUUUUGUUUUCACAACAGAGAAAUAUGAAAACUGAAAUGGUUUGUUUUGCUGCUUUUUCUUGUAUACGUUUUCAAGUUGAAAGUUAUAGAUUGCAAUAGUUUGUACUGAGUGAGAUUUGUGUUGUCAAUUCUUUUCUUUUUUUUAAAAAACAUUUUUUAAAGCAUAAGGAGCAUUAAUAGGGUUAUUAAUAGGUGUGUAUUAAUUUGUACAUUAUUCCUUAUCAGACUAUGGGGAAAUAGCUAUUUACAUCAACUAAUAACCUAUUAUUAAUGUUAUUGUAUGAAUAAUAUUGUUGGUAUAAGAUAUUUGAAAUGCUAUUUUUUAUUCUAUUGCAGAUUUAGUUUUUAGCCUACAUGAGAAUGUCUUUGGUAAAUAUUGGAUGUAUUUAGAAUGUUAUGAAUUUCAGUUUAUAUUGUAAACAGUGUUUAAAAUGUUGAUAUUGUUGAUUUGAUUACUGUAAUAAUUAUUAUUUUUGUUAUCCAGACUUAUUAUCACUGCAUUUUAUUUUACAUUAAUUAUGGAAACAGAAAGCACUUGCCAGAUAUGUUUAUUUUUUAAGUGCCAUGCGACUACAGUUCAAUCUUCCUUUCAACCUGUUGGUUUCUGAGUCUGUCUUAUGUCCUUCUGUACAUAAUUUGCAAUUCUUUUUACAGGAAGAAAUGUUCAUUUAGUUUAAUUAUGAAUGUCUCGUGAUAGUUUUUCCAUUUUCUUUUUUUGUUACCAAGACUGCUAUGUGUACUCCUGUAAUAAACCACAAAGAAAAAAUA